UGCAACAACAAAUCUUCAUUAAUAAUGUUAAUAGUGUGUCGUUUGCUAAUAUCGUUGUCAAUAAUCGCGCAAAUAAAAAUUAGCGGCAUGUAGUUUACUUGAGUUUGAAUAAAUCUAUACUACGGACACCAGUGAAGCCUUCGCAUGGACAAAUGGCUCCAAGACAGAAAGCUCUGGCUCUUUGGCAACACUUUGCCGUUGCUGCCACGAAGGUCUCGGGCACCGAGUAAAACCAUGGAGAGAUAUGAGAGGCUGGGAAGACUAGGUGAGGGAAGCUAUGGAGUUGUGUUCCAGUGCAGAGACAGGCAGACAGGAAGACUAGUCGCUGUCAAGAAGUUUCAACAGACUGAAGAUGAUCCUCUUAUAAGAAAAAUCGCUCUCCGAGAAAUACGGCUACUAAAGAAUCUCAAGCAUCCAAAUUUAGUUAAUUUAUUGGAAGUAUUUAGAAGAAAAAGAAAACUUCAUUUGGUAUUUGAAUACUGUGAGCACACGUUGCUGAAUGAGAUGGAAAAAUAUCCGCGUGGAUGUCCAGAGCUCAUGACACGGCAGCUUACCUGGCAGAUACUUCAGGGUGUUGCUUAUUGUCACAGACUUGGUUGCGUUCACAGAGACGUCAAACCAGAAAAUAUUCUUAUCACAGCUGAUGGUGUCGUAAAACUCUGUGACUUUGGUUUCGCGAGAAUGCUCAGUCCCGGAGAAAACUAUACCGAGUACGUAGCAACCAGGUGGUAUCGAGCACCAGAGCUCUUGGUCGGUGAUACUCAGUAUGGAACUCCAGUCGACGUUUGGGCAAUCGGUUGUGUGUUUGCUGAAUUAAUUCGCGGAGAAGCUCUUUGGCCAGGAAAAUCUGACGUUGAUCAGCUCUACCUGAUUAGAAGGACUCUAGGCGAUCUGUUGCCGCGACACAUGACAAUUUUUCAGCAGAAUGAAUUUUUUGCUGGUGUUACUUUACCUACUCCACAGUCCGUGAUGCCUCUGGAGGCUGUUCUCCCAAUGAGUCCCAGUACACCUGUACAAAUUGACUUUUUAAAAAAAUGCUUAGAAAAAGAUCCAGACCACAGGUGGACUUGUGAUCAAUUAUUACAGCAUGUAUAUUUCGAAAACUUCCACUUUAAAAUGCCCAAUGGCGAAGCUGAAGAAUAUGAAAAGAAUCGGAAGUACAGAGAUCGAUCACGAAAUUCCAAUUACAAUCAAAUGGUGUUGCCCCAACUUACUUCCAAAGGUGGUGGAGUGCUUCAUCAGGAAACCCGCCCAAAAAGUUCUUCUGUCCAGCAACACCAAGACUUUGAUCAUUUACCAACGAUACGUGGAUGUAAUUAGUCUUACUUAUAAAAUAAAUUAUUUAUUGUAAUAUACUGUCCAUUUAAACUGUAAAAAAAUAACUGUACAAUGACCUUUCUUCUUAACGUACU